AUGCAAAACACCCAGGUCCUUCAGACCAUAAAUGAAGCACAAGCUUUAAUUUAUGAUUCAUUAGUUAAACCAUAUUCAGCCCGAGUUUUAAAUGAAGAUCAACUUUUGGAAUUCAUCCUUCAACAUAAACUCGAAGCGGGAAAGUAUAUCAAACCUUUAUAUACAGCAUAUUUAAAACAAAUGAAUAGAAUACAUCCAGAAUUAAUGAAGGGGGGAAUGAAUUCCAAAACUUCAUCAUCCAAAAUCAAAGCAGAUAAAAUUAAACCACUUGCAACACCAAAACCUCCAACGACAGUACCGCCUCCUCCUUCAGUUAAUCCUUCAUCAUUCACUUUAUUAUAUCCAUUUCAAACAUUAAAGAAACAAAAAGAUUUUAAAAAGGGUUUCAAGAUAUUAAAUAAACCAAUUGACCCAAAAAUUCAACCGUUAAAGGAAAAAUUUAGUCGCCCUUCAUUUGCACCAUAUCCAUAUUCAUACGAAAUAGAUCAUUUAGAAUAUUCAAAAGGAAAAGUUACUUAUUUAUUUGCCAUUAACAUUAACACUAGAUAUUAUAUUGCAUUCCAGUGA